AUGUCACGAACCGGCUGUGUCGAGGGUGAGGAUGUCACACAUUCCCUGCGCACGGGGCGCACCUCGUCCGACGCGGUGCCACGAGCCAGCUCUCUCACCCAUGAUGCCACCACUGGUCGUCCGUCCUCGUUCAUCUACGAGUAUCUGCGAUGGCCAGCAGCGUCGCCGUUGAUCGUCGAGAACGCGUCUAGUGAUGCGCGUGAUCACUGUGCCAAUGAGCGAACGAGAAGCGAUGCUGACCCGGGUGCUGGCGAAGCGUUUCUCUCCUCGCUCCGGCUCGCCCUCUACAUGGCCGUUGUCGCCAUCGCCAUCACUCUCUCCUUCCACCUCACGCACCAGCCCACCGACCUCGAACGCCGCAUGGCUAAACCCCUCGGCGCUAUAUUCUGGGCUCUGAGCGUCGUCACCCUCUUCAUGGGCUUCGGGAACUACAUCAGUGAGCGAGCGCGUCGACGACCACCUGCUUGUGCGGCCUGUCGCGAGCCAGGAAUGCUGACCGAGGCGUAUGCCCUUAGAAACGAUGCACAAGUACAGCCAGAGGAUGGCGAUUGUCCAGUCGGGGUGGAGGACCCAGCUGGUGAGUUUGCUCGUGCAGCCUCAAGGAGAGCAAGCACUAACUGGCACGAACGUCCUGUCCAGGUUCUGGCCUUGCUGGCCACGUGCAUCAUUGGUACAUGCAUCGUACUGCUCGUGGUCACCAAACUUCGGCCCUCCCAUGACGAUGAGUAUUUGUACAUAUUAUGA